CAUGUGUUUGACUCUGGUGGAGAAUCAGAUACACAAAGUAGUUCAUCAAGUUCUGGAGCUAGACCAAAGUACUCAGGCCCAAUGUCACCAAGGGAUUCAAUUACUGGUAACCAUAUGGGUUCACAGUCCAAAAACAUGUCAGGAUUUUCUGAGUCAGUACCAGACCUUUCUGAAAAGAGUGCUAUAAAUGACUGGAGCAGGAUAAGGGAUGUCAGAGAAGGGUACAUGAGUAAAGAUGACAAUUUUACACCCCAAAGAAAAACUUUAAGAUCAAAUGAGAAUUUUAUUGGACAAAGAAGUGUAAAUAACCCACACACACACAUGAGUUUUAUUGAAUCAAAUAGUCCUUCAAGAAAACAACAAUAUUCACAAUCUCUUAUGCAACAAAACAUUACCUCACCAAACUCAUCACAACAGGGACAUACAGUGUUUCCUCACAAAAGUGUUGAAGCCAGUAAAGUAGGAUUGUCUGGAUCACAGCAAGUGUUUUCAAACUCUGCUUCUGUUAGAGGCAACCAUAAAAGACAGUCUACGGUAGAACAGGAACCUGUUAGGGAACAGUAUAGAAUUAGUCAGAAACCAAAAGUUAAUUCAUCAAGUGUUGGUUUGAAUGAUAUAAAUGUUCAACAGGCUUGGAGUCAGUUUCAGCAGAUGCAACAAUCACUAGAACAGUUACAACAAAGUAGUAAUGAAAUUCUACAGGAUCUGGACAAUGAAGAAAGAGAAAAUGAAGAAUGGAUAUCUGUUAUUAACAAGAAAGCAAUAGGUAUUGAAAAUCGUUUACUGAGAAUAGAAGAGAAGACAAAGGACGAUGAAUUAACACUUCAACAGCUAGCAGAUCUUGUUAAAACUAUUGGUGGAAAAUUUGAUGAUAUAGAAGAUAUUCUUAAAACACUGUCUAUUCAUGACGAAUGUGAUGAUGUGAACAAUGUUGAGCAGUUAAAUGAUGGAUCAGCAUCAGAGAUUGAAUCAGUACAGCCUGUUCCUGAAGAGGUAUCCUCACUGAUAGUGUCUGAACUGGUGCCUAACGGAACAGUGUCCAAACCAAUGCCUGGCGAAACAGUGUCCGAACCGAUAGCUGGAGGAAGUAAGGAGAUACCAGGGAAUGGAGAGGAAGUAUUACAAGACAUUAAUAUUGACUAUACCUCUUUGCCAAAUAUAUCCAAAGAUAAUAGAGGGUAUAAACAAAGAUGUACGGGAAGGAGUGAUGACAAUAGAAGACAGAUAAGGAAAGAUAGAAAAAAUAAAAACAUAAAGACAACUAGUGAAAGAGAUCAUGAACAGUCAGUUCAGUCUCAUUCUUCUUCUUCAAAUGUUAGAAAAAAAGAAACAAAGGAAGCAUCUAGACCAAGUGAACAAACAAAUUCACCAGCGAAACAGGCAAAGGAACAACAAUCCACUACAUCACAUCAAACUUCUUCACCAGCAAGACAGGCGAAACAACAGCAACCAACUACAUCGCAUCAAAAUACCUCAUCAGGAAGACCUCCAGUUGUUAAAGAAAGUAAACCCAGUUAUAGUCUCCCUGAUGAUAGAGAUGAUUAUAGAAACCUGCCUGUUCUGGCAAUGGGAGAACAAGUUUUACCUUCAAUGCAACAGGAGACCAUUCCAAAUGCUGAUAAGUUUUGGAUGGGAUUGGUGGAAAGAGAAAAAGAAGCUGCUGAGAAAGGUUCAUUACCUAAAGGUGAUGGAGAAGACACCUAUCUUAUUUUGGACACAUCAGCUAGUAUGGAAGGGCAGCCAUUGUCAGACUUGAUGAAGACUGCCAGAACAUUCCUCAACGGACUAUGCAAAAAUGCUCAGCUUACACAGGAGAAUGUUUGUAUUGUGGAAGUUGGCAAAGCCACUAGAGUUCUCGUACAUAAAACUAAUAGUAGAGAUAAAUUACUGUCAUCACUAGGUCAGCUAAGACCAGGAGGAAUGUCACCUGUAACAGGAGCCCUACUUCUUAUAGAGGGAAUCAUAGCAAGGAACCCUGCUCCAAAAAAAGUAGUUGUGAUAUCAGAUGGAAAGAUGACACCUAUCCAUAUUAAAUCUGGGAAAGAUUUACCUGACCUACAUAAUGAACAGCUUAAAAUCCAGCUUAAAAUCUUAGGCCACAAUAUGCGUGCCUUGAAUGCCAGAAUAUUCUUUGUUCCUGUAGGACCUUAUGAUUCUAGUUUAAUGGAAGGUCUGAUAAAAGAUACUAGAGGAGAUGAGAUACUACCAGCCAACAUUAGUAGACUUUACAACUGGACAAGAAAUACUAUUUUGACGUUAAAACUUGCAGCAGACUGUAGAAAACAGCACCCUGGGAUUUCAAUAGAUAACGACCAGUUCAGAGCUGUUAUUGAGCGUGCAGGCUCUGAAUGUCAGAUUGGCCCAGAGGAGGUGAAUGACAUGAUGAAAGUUGCUGUUGAGACUGAGCAGACUGGGUGCUCCUAUAUAGAAUGUGACGCUAACAUGCCACCAAUAGGUACACGUAUACGGAGAGGUCCUGACUGGAGAUGGGACAACCAAGAUCUAGAAAUGCCAGGAACUGUGGUAUCCCAUACUAAAACUGGACAAAUUUGGGUAGAGUGGGACUUUGGUAAUAUCAACAGAUAUCGUUAUGGAGUAGAAGGAUGUUAUGAUGUUGUAACGACAGAGGAUCCACGACUCCUAGAAGAUCAGAUUAUAGCCGUUGGUUGUGUUGUCAGAAGAAGUGAUGGAUGGAAAGCUGGCCAUACAGAAGAUGGUGGACCAGGAAAGACUGGGUCUGUCUUUAUUGUUCAUGAUGAUGGUACAGUUCAGGUGAGAUGGUCCAAUGGGAAAAUGGGACGAUAUAAGUGUGGAUUUGAUGGCCAGUCUGAAGUUGAAAUUUGUGAUCCUUUUAAUCAAAGUCAGUUAGAAAACUUGCCCUUAGCAGCUGGUGGUGAACCUGUCCCUAAUGUACUCCCCAAGGAGGAGGAGGAGGAGUUGGAGGAAGAUCCAAUGGUAGCAGAAAUGAACAGAAGGAAUGCACAAAGGUCUCAGGAAGUCUCUAGUCAACCAAAAAAGAUGUCUGAUAAUAUACAGCAAGAUAAACAAGCAUCAGGCUCAAAACCUAAAGAACAAGCUCAGACAUCUAACAAACAGCCAGUCACCAAUGAUCAAUCAUCUGAUGACAAUACGAGAGUUCAACAAGAGCAAUUACCAGUCAGAAGUAGUAACACAAGGACAGACAGACCAAGGGAUAACAUAAAGUCUUCACACAGAGAUAGCCAGAAUCCACAAAGUGAAAGAUCAAGGCCAAACUUAAGAUUAGAUAUCCCAAAGUCUGGAAGCUCUGAUAGUAUUGAUAACACAGGGAUAGAUGAAAUACCAGAAAUAAGUAUAGCAUCACCUGGUGAAGGUCGUUGGCAGUACAGAGAUGGGUAUGGUGGAUGGAAAGCCUAUAGUAAAGAGCAGAAUGACAAACUAGAAAAAGCAUAUUGUCAUAACCCCAAGGGAGUCUCACUCAUCUAUGUGGGCAAGUCACAGUACAGAAUAAUGUUUGCAAAAUUCAAACAAGUCAAUUUAAAGACAAAGGAAAUGAUAGAUGUUAGAAGAAAUGUUUCUACAAUUUGAUGAAACAAGAAGAACCUAAUUAUAUCCAAUGGAACAAAUAUUGACUAAAUAUAAAUUGAAGCCUUGUCAAAUGAAAUGCUUGAGCUGUUGUCAUGUAGCUAUAGUGAUGAGGGAAAGAACAGAAAUUAACCAAUCCUUUAAAAUAAUUUAUAUUAUAUCAACAUUUGACAUUUUCAAGAUUCCUUUGAUUGAGAGAAUAAACUUUUUCAUUUGGUUUUAAAUUAAUGGUACUAAAUGUGACCAUGUCGAAACAAAAAGAACCAUAUGGGAGAUUAAUGUAUAUAUGACAAUGGUGAUUGUUUUAACUUGUUGAAUAUUUAUUAUUUGUUUUUUUAAGGGGCAACACCGUUAUGUAAAUAUUGUGUUAUUCAUCAUCUGAAUACAUGCCAACUUGAUGAAGGGUUUCAAGGGGACCUAAUGCAUGUGUUUUCCAUCUAAAUAUUUUUAGUCUAUCUAUACAUUUAAGUCUUGAAAGAGUUGAUGUAUAUGUUAAAUGCUAUUUGAACUCACUAGAAUGCCUGUUUUGAAGUAAAUAGUUAAAUUUAUGGAGGAUUUUAAGAUUCAGUUUAUAUAUAUAGCUUCCCGUGGGGAAAAUUCCCCAUAAAUCAGAAAAAUUGAUUGGCAAAAUAACAUCUGUCUUUGGGAUAUCUUUUAAAGUUAUUUUUCUCUAAUUCCGUGGCAAUUUAACCCUUUCUGAAUCUAUUGUGUAAAAAGAUUUAAUUAAUGUGUGGUUGCCAAUGAUCUCAGAAGAUGAUUGAAUGAAGGUAGGGGUCAUAACCUUUGUCAGCCUAAUGGAUGAAUCAAAAUAUGAAACAAGUACGUGUUAAUGAAAUUACCAUCAUCGUGAAAUGUGGAAGGCACAAUAGAGGGCAUAUUCAUUUUACAAAAGAUUUUUUUUUUAUUCAUUACAGAAACAAGAUUUUACAUAGUUACUCGUUGAUUAUCAUCUCUGAUUUUAAAAAAGAUAAUUCAACUGUCUGGAUUGGAUAAAUCCCAUAAUCCACUGGUAUCAAUGUAAGAAUCUCUAUUUAUUUUUGUUUGUAUCCAUCAAAAAAACUAAAGCUUUUUCCUAUAGCUAUAUAGGAGACCAUGUACGUGGUUUUACUAUUUGCUUUAGUGUCGUAGUUGUAUUUAUUUGUUGACAUUAAGUACGUUAACUCAUAAUUCCUUCCUCUCUUCACACAACAACAGGGAUCAUAUUAAUACUAAUGAAUCUACAGUAUUUCAUACAUUGUAGUUUAGAACAAGGUAACAAACCAAGAAGGAAAUUUUGAAAAAAUGGAUGUCUUUUCUUUUGAAUCCGAAUAGAUUGAAUCUGUAAAAUAGGAUUGGACAAUAUUUUAUUUUAUUUCAAUUGAGAAUGGCUUUGGUUGUUAAUAGACCAAUGUUUAAGUUGGCUUUCUGUUCAAUAAAUAUAUAAGUUUAAGCAUCACUGAAUGUUAACAUGAGUCAUAUUGUAAUUUCCUAUCCAGUUCAUUUUUUCAUCAGAGAUUACAACCUUAUGACCAUAUUGGUUUGGAUGGCUGAGCUAGUUUUCUUUCAAAAUGUUCGUAGGACUAUAUGAAAGCAGUGGCAAGAAGGUGUUGAUAAACUUUCAGUAUUAAUGUGAAAUAAAUUAGUAGAAAAGGAGCAUGAGACAUGAAAGCUUAGUUAUUUUGUUAAUCAUGUACAAGGUGUAUGCAUUGUGAUAAAGAAUAGUGACUAAGUUAUUGUUUUGUUCACGUUAUGAUAGUGUACAAUGUAUUAAUAGUGUGAUAAAGUUAUUGAUUCUUGUCUGUUAAACAGAUAAAAUUUUAAGACAAUAAAAAUAUAGUAAUAUAACUUAAUGUGUUACACAAAAAGCACCUUAUACAUAUAUGUGCUUUUGUAAAUGUGUAUUUAUGUAUAAAAACAAUUGAAUAAAAAUUUUUUCCCAUGCACAUUUCAAUAACAUUUUUCUGUCAGUAAAAUUGAUGGGUGUUUUGUUUUUGAAGCGAUAUGUUAUUUAAUUACUAUUUUAUUGUAAUGAAACAAAAGCUGAGGAUGUCAAAGAGUAGACAUGUUUUAAAUAGAAUCACAUUUUAUUUUUUUUUCAGUAGAAAUGUCGAAAUUCAAAUAAAUUACCAUAGAUGCACACAUGUUUUGGAUAAAUAUAGAGAAAGAAUAAUUUUCUGUGAAUUAACAUGAUGGUGAAUCAAUGUAAAGAAAUAAAUAAAAUAUCAUUAAUGAGGACAAAGGCAGAUAAUUACUAGAACGAAAAUGAUGGCAACUGUUCAUGUUUUUUAAAUGAAAUGUUUAAAAAGUAAAAUUUGCAAGUAUUUUUACACAACUGUAAACAUGUAAAUAACGGAAGAAAAUUUGCCACUGUGGUUAUUUAGUCUAUGUUUAGAACUGUGUUGUUUUCCAGAUUAAUUUCACAUUGAUCAUGAUGAUUAUAUUGGUUUUCACCUGUUUCAUCAUUUUUACAUUUUCGGGUUUAAAAUGUUUGGCUGUGAGCGUUCUUGAUGAAGUUUAAUACAGAAAGACGCUUUGGAUAAAUCAAAUUAAUAGAGAGAUAUUUUCAGAUUCCUGCAGGAGUUCUAUUCUAAACAGUUUUCUGUUUUUGUGUGCACCUGCGACAAAAAGGCAAGGGCAUAUUAAUUUACCCCUUUUAUUCUGUUAGUCUGUCCUUCUGUCCAGAUUAGAAUACAUUGUUUCUCCGGCGGUCUCCUCCUACAAUUUUGGAGGUACUGGAGGUACAACUUUAAGUGUUUUAGGAUGCCCAUACACAUAAAAUAAAAGUGCAUGGACAAAGGAUUUAGAUUUUUAUGCCCCCACCGUAGCGGAGGAGGUAUUAAGUUUUACCCUUGUCUGUCUGUACGUCCAAAAUUGGCAAAUAUAAAAAAGUAGAUGUGGUAUGAUUGCCAAUGAGACAACUAUCCACAAAAGACCAAAAUGACACAGACAUUAACAACUAUUGGGCACCGUACGGCCUUCAACAAUGAGCA